UAUCACGUGACCACACCGCCUGCAUCAUUGCAUGAUCAAAGAGGAAACAUGGCGCUCCCCUCCAGCUGUCGUCUGUUUGUGACACAGAGGGUUUGCGUUAAAAAGCUGCUAAGUGAGGGAGCGAGAAGGUUUUCUGUUUCCAGCUGGUCUCCAUGCAGAACACACACGUCGCAUCGACCGCUGUCUGUCGUUUCGCAGCUGUCGCAGCAGCUGAGUGAGUCUCAGGGACGAAGGUCGUCCAGGUUCUGUGGAAAUGCGGGAAAUGCGGUGUGCAGGACCGAGCAGAGCCGGACUGGACGCAGCGGCUAUCAGCGGCGCGGCGUGGCACUGUGGAGCGCUCUGGCGUUCUCAAUAUUCGGAAGCACAGAUGAGAGAACUGAGGCACAGAAGACUGAGGAUGAGAUUAUUCUUCUCCUAAAAAAAGCAAAGUACAGCAUGAUGCUGGGGGAGUUCGAUGCAGCAAACGUGUUUUUACACAAAGCAGUCCGACUCGCCCAUCAGAGCCACAACAACGAUGCCAUCAUCUACACAUACAGCCUGAUGGCCAACCUGGCCUUUGUUCAAGGCCAGCUGGACAAUGCUGAGAAACUGUUCAAAGCAGCUAUGAGCUUCGUGCUCUCUGGGGGAACGCCACAGGAUGACAAUGCAGUCAUUGAAAUGUCCCUGAAGUUGGCCAGCAUAUAUGCAACUCAAAACAAGAAUGAGUUGGCAGAGCAUGGCUUCCAGUUCUGCACAGAGUCUCUGGAGGCCAAGAUUGAGAAACAUAAGGAACUUCCCCCUGACACUGUAUCAGAAGAGGAACGGAAGGACACUCGGCUGCUGCUGGGACUCAGUCUGGACUCCCGGGCGCGAUACCUGGCAGCCACACAUCGUCUGUCUGGAGCCUGCAGGGACUACCGCCGCGCUCUGCAGAUCUGCCAGGAGGAGCAGGGAGAGAGCCAUCCUCAGACGCUGGUCCUGAUGAGUGAUUUGGCCACAGUGUUGGAUCUUCAGGGGAAGCAUGAUGAGGCAUUGGCUCAGGUGAAGAAGGCUGUGGAACUGGGCCAGGCAGCAGGACACCCUGACCAGCACGUACUGCUGGGGAACAUGGCAGGCAUUCUAAUGCACAAAGGUGAGUUUGAAGAGUCCAUUAAGCUGUAUGAAGAGGCUCUGACACUGGCGCGGGCGGCCGGUGAUAUGGAGGCAGUGGAGCAGCUCGAGGAGGGGCUGAAGGAGCUGAACGCGAGGAAAGAGGAACAGAACAGGAGCACUACAGAUGAUCCACCGGCUGAGGAGUGACCCACACUGGAAAAUAAACACUGGAAACACACAAUGUAAAGCUUUCCAAUUAACUCUGUCCAACUUCUCCUUAGAGGAAAUAUAUGACUGCGCACAUGAUCCUUGAUCAUCUUCUGGUUGCCAUGGCUGUUGCCGUAGUUGGCCAUAAUCUGCACUGCCAUUUUUGUCCUGUGGGACUUUUAAGCACAUCCAACACACUGCGCUGGAUUUUCCAUUGGAGACUCGUUAGUAAUGUUAAGACUGAUUUUGUGGUGUUAAUUUUAAAACCGGAAUGUCUAAGAGUUCUCGCAAACGGCUCUCCUGGAAAAUCCUAUUCAGGAAGGACAGUCAGAGGUGACGGGAAGUGCUAAUGGAGAUUUUCCAGUGUGAUCUGCUUGUCGUGUCUGGAUGUUUCCAGAGGGAAAAACAUACAAGAAACAGGACUUGCGUGACUCUUGUCAUUCAUCAUCACUCCUCUCUUGGUUUUCCCCUGUGUUUGAUGUGAUGAGUGAUGUGAUAAACCUGCACAAACCCAAA